AUGGACAUGUUGACAGUUCUGGGGCUACUGAAGAAGAAACUUGAGGAUGAGUACAAUGAAGUUUUGAGAGAGCCUAUAUUUGGUCCGAUUUUGGCUAUUAAUGAGCAUGAACUCGGAUACUCAGGGAAGGUUAUUCACAGCUUCAUCUGCAAAAUGCUAGACAUUUCAAAGCGUCACAAGUUAUGGUUUAGCUUUGCUAGGAAGUCUCUUCGGUUUUCUAUGCAAGAGUUCUACGCUGUGACAGGUCUCAGACGUGAAGCAGACAAAGACACUGAUUUUGAAGCUUGGAGAAAUGAUAAGGGGUUUUGGGGCACUUUGCUGAAGCAAAAUGGAGAAGUAGACAUGAAGACAAUCAGGCUGAAGCAUCUUACGGAGUGCAAGGACUGGUCGCGUGUGGACAGGGUCAGACUAGUCUACCUUUGUGUUAUUUGUUUUCUGAUGGCUAAGGAUGAGAAGAUCAAUAUCCCUCAUGCAUACAUAAGAUUAGUGAUGGAUUUUGAUAAACUGAGGAAGUAUCCGUGGGGUCUUUACGCUUACGAUCUGCUUCUAGAUUCCAUAAAGAAAGCAAGGUUCAAGUUAAAGAAGAACAGUUAUGUAUUAGAUGGAUUCUCCUAUGCCCUACAGAUUUGGCUUAUGGAGGCGAUUCCAGACAUUGGGACUUUGCUGGGUCAAAAGUACAAGGAAGGCAUAACCAGUGUGAGAUGUCAGAACUGGUAUGGAAAUGGAAAGGUUUCUUAUCAUGAUAUCACUGCUCUAAAGACUGCACUUGGAAAGAAAGCGGUUGUGUUUCCAUUCAUAUCUGAUACCGGAAACAAUGAUGUCGUUGCUAGUGUGAGAUUCAAAAGGGAUGAUGAGAAGAAAGAUGAACGAGUUGACAAAAUUAUUUCCUUGAUCAAUGCAAAAUUUGAUUGGAGCAAAUUUGUUUGGCAAGUUGAGGAAGAUAUGCGGACUCAAGAUCAGCUACAUGAGAAGGUUGAUGUUGCUAUGGAAGCUAGUCAAGAUCAUAUAGAUGGGAAAGAUGAGGUUGCCGUGGAAGGUGAACUAGAAGUAUCUGAAAAAGAAGAACAAGUUGAGCCUGUAGCUAAAAGAAGGGUCACGAGGAAGGCAAAGGAUCCCGAUCUGACGACUUUAUAG